GAUAUUGGAUGACGCAUUCAUACACAAAAGUGGAACCUUUACUUUUUUGCAAUUUUCUCCUUUACGCAAUAAAUAAUUGUUAUUCUGUGAUUAAAAACUAAUUUAAAUACCUAAUAUUAAAUAUCAUGAGUUUCUUGGGGAAACUCUUUGGAGGAAAGAAAGAGGAAAAAGGGCCAACGACCCAUGAAGCGAUCCAAAAAUUACGGGAAACAGAGGAACUGCUGAUCAAAAAGUCAGAGUUUCUAGAAAAGAAAGUCGAAACUGAGAUACAAGUUGCUAGGAAAAAUGGAACGAAGAACAAAAGAGCUGCAAUUGCUGCUUUAAAACGUAAAAAGCGUUAUGAAAAGCAACUUAUUCAAAUUGAUGGAACUCUCACACAAAUUGAGGCCCAAAGGGAGGCCUUGGAAGGUGCUACAACCAAUGCUCAAGUAUUGAAUACAAUGAGAGAUGCUGCUAAUGCCAUGAAGCUGGCUCACAAAGAUAUUGAUGUAGACAAGGUGCAUGAUAUAAUGGAUGAUAUUGCUGAGCAACACGACAUAUCACGAGAGAUCACAGAAGCUAUCAGUAGCAAUGUAGCCUUCCCCAACGACAUUGAUGAAGAUGAGUUGGAGAAGGAGUUAGAAGAGUUGGAACAGGAGGAGCUAGACAAGGAAAUGAUUGGUAUUAGUGUCCCAGCUGACAACCUGCCUGAAGUACCCGACAAUGAGUUGGCCGAUAAACCCAAACCCAGCAAAUCCAGGGAAACUGAAGACGACAAAGAAUUUGCAAUGUUGCAGUCCUGGGCUACAUAGAACAUUUAACGCUUGUGAUAUAUAUAUGCUUAGGAUAAUAGCUUCUACCAAUUGUGUCGUACAGACUAAAUGGGUGUUAAUUUAAAAAUUUAGUUUUGUACUUCAUAAUUGCUUUAUUCUCACUGUGUAAAGAUUUUUCAAUGAUAUACAUAGAUUAUAGGUUUAGGUGUUUUUAAUAAAGCUAACACAGACUAAGUAAUAAGUUUAUCUAUAGAUUUGGACUGCUCCAGAUGUCAAGUUCACUGUAUAAUCUAUGUGAUUAUUUUUAUGGCAUAUACCGAAUCGAAUAUUUUGCCGGAAAUUGUGCCUAUAGCCUGGUUGUUAUGUGGCUUAAACUCUAAGGAAGCGGCUAAGUUGUAAAAUACAUUGUGAUGAUUUUUUAAACUAUCAGUUUAUGAAUAUAUUAAAAACUACAUUUUUAUUAUCUUUACGAAAAAUUGCAUGAAAAUUGAUUCAGCUGUUUUAGACAUGCAAAUUUUCCAUUGAAAGCUGGCAUUUUCAUUAAAUAAAAAGUUUUUUCAAAACAGUCAGUCUCAAUUAUCUAUAGUCCACUUGCAAUGGAUUCGGGUUGCCAUGGCAACUAAAAAAUAAAUAUGAAUACCUGUAUUCUAUGCAUAAUGUUGAGUAGGGUUUGUACAUUAUUGUUUGUCGUUAAGAAUUAUUAUUAAUAAAAUAUUUCUUUAA